GCGCAUGCAAUUUGGUGAGGGCAUUUCAAACACGCGGUAUCUCACAAAAUCGUUUCCCAAAUGCUGAUUUCGACAUGAUUAUCACAUUGCGGACUAGACCAUUCUAGGAUCCCAUGUCUCAAUUUGAUUGAUUCACCCUCAUUGCUUCUUCGAGAUAGCGGCACGUCUUCACGCGGCAAUGGACUAAGUUGGAAUUCUGACCCUGAGCGAACCCGCACCUGCCUCACGGAUAUGGCGGAUCGGGCUGUCUUCACUUUCAUCACGUCUGGCUCCAAUUCAAGGGCGGCACAAGAAGCCAUCAAGAUCCAUGUCCUUCAUCGUCGCCAGAAAGAACGGGCAGCAAUUGGUAAGGCUAAGAAGGCUCCCACAGUGAAGAGUACCCACGGCGGAGAGAUCCAUAUUUGGGACUGUUCACCAAUUCCACCAGAGCGAAGACGCUCAAGGUCACCGAUUCUUCAGCAAGCAAGAUCAACAUCUCCGGACUCUUCACAGACCGAGGAGAUUGUACGAUUGAGCUCACCGAGCUCACCGAGCUCCUCCUCGCUAAGCCUAAAUGAUGAGUUCAUUUUGCCUGCCGGCGACACCAACGACGACGUGAUUACAAUCCCUAAGCUGCUUAUUAGUAGCUCCGAAGACGAUCUAAUUCAUUGGUAUAUGCUCGAAGGUCAGGGAUCAGAUGUGCCACAAAAAUGGCUGCAAUGUUUCAAAACGAGCGCCGCUUCGUUCAAUGCAUUUUUAGCCAUCUCAUCUUCGCAUUUCCCCCAAGAACGAGGGGCGCGAUCCUCAAUCAAUUCUCGCGAAAAAGAGGUUCAGGCCCUACGUGAGAUCGGCAAGCAGAUUGCCCUGUCUCCUUCUGCUCCCACUGGAGGGACAAUGCUGGGUGUAGCUCUGUUAGCUAACUUACAGGAGCUGCGCCAUGAGUAUCUUCUUUCCAAGUUCCACUGGAGCGGAUUGAAACGAAUGAUCGACGUCAACGGUGGCCCUCGAAGUUUACGCACCCAAGAAGGUCUCUUCACCUUCCUCUUCUGGCUGGAUGCUCUGGUUUGCAAUGCUUCUGUCACACCACUCGGGCAGCAAUCGGCCGAAGAGUGUCUUGAGCAAUCCCAUCCAGCACACCCACACCAAGAGCUAUCUCUUCUCUUGGAGCACAUCACUUCAGGCUACAUCUCCAGCAGGACAUCUUUCGAGCCACCCAAUCAGAUCAACAACUCGAUCAGCCGAGUACUUCGGCGUUCUAGCGCCAUGCCAGACGAAUAUUCAAUGAUGAAAGCCACCAGGUCGAAGCUUGCUUCGCUUCUAUACUUUGCGAAUCUGAAGUUAGAAGUCGAAUCAGCAUCGCACGGAAUUGGCAUAUAUCAAGCCAUUGAGCAGGAGGUCGAUCAACUAGAGGCUGAGCGAGAAAUUUCACCGGUUGAGCUCUUCUACAUCAUCCUGGCCCUGAACAAUACGGACGCUCUGUGUCACUUGGCCUAUUCAGUGUCUCGGUUGAUGAACGCGGUCAAAGGCCUGAAUCGGAAUGAUUGCAAGCUUGUCGCCGGAUGUCUCUCCCGCUUCACCGGCCACCCAAAUCCAUUCGAUGAUUCACUCGAAAUGUUCAAUGACUGGCGAGUACUUCGUGAAAGGCUUUCUACUGGGUAUGAUGGGCACAUUUCAUGAAACUGAUGAGAUUGUGAUGUGGGAUAGGGGAGCCUGGUUGAAGAGCGAGAGGGGCUUCUUACUGUGUAGGAUGAAUCGGUCCCAUGUUGAGGCAGCAUGACAGAGGACUGUCUUCCUAGGUUGUUAUGCCUUACCCUAGGC